AUGGAGACGUUUGUAGACAGCCGGGAUCACAACAAGAAAGAUGGAAAAAUGACUUUACAAGAGAAUGUUGGUGUGUUGCCAGCCUCAGCACCGGUCUUCCCCUUCCCUCCCUCCCCCACUGACUGUGUUGAAGCCCAUCGAGUGUGCGCCGUCGACCCCCGCUGUGAGGCAUUGUACAGGGGCCUGGAGCUGUGUGCGGCCGACGCACAGGUGUCUCCGCUGGGGGAGCAGGUGGCUGCAGAGUGCCUGGAGGGACAGGACGCUCUGCUAAAUAAACACCCCGCUCUCCUGGCCUGCAAGUGCCAGCGUGGCUUCCGCAAGGAGGAGCAGUGCCUGCGCAUCUACUGGAGGGUUCGCCUGCUGCCAGGGGAGGACGAGCUGGAAAUAUCUCCCUAUGACGACACAAUGAUGGACACUCGCAUGGCUUCCUUAGUGGCAGCCUCAUCUUACAUGCAGCUGGAUGGUGAGAACCAGUGUCUGAAGGCGGCACAGGACUGCGGCCUGUACGAGAAGUGUGGCUCUCUGCGAUCAGAGUACGUGCUGGCCUGCACCAAACGGGCUCCCGGGACCAACCGCUGCAACCAGCACAAGUGCCACCGGGCCUUGCGGCGCUUCCUGGAGCGGGUGCCUGAGGAGUACAGCCUGGGAGUCCUGUUCUGCCCCUGCACCAACACCCUGUGUGGGGAGAGGAGGAGGAAAACCAUCGUCCCGUCCUGCUCCUACCAGGAGAUGGAGGGGCUGCAACCCAACUGCCUCCACCAGCAGAGCUUCUGCCGCCGGGACGACCUGUGCAGGUCCAGACUGGCUGAUUUCCUCAAUAACUGCCAGCCGUCUACUGCGACGGCCAGCGGCUGCCUGAAAGACUCAGCAGGCCUGUGCCUCCGAGCCUACGCUGGACUCAUCGGUACCAUCAUGACACCCAACUACAUCAGCAACGGCUCUGCAGACGUGGCGCUGUGGUGUAACUGCGAAGGCAGCGGCAACCAGUGGCAGGAAUGUCUGAGACUGCAGCGCAUGUUCACCCACAACAGCUGCCUGCGUAACUCUAUCAGCUGGAUGGGGAGCCCCGGCUCCCUGCCGGCAGACAUCACCCCCCCCCCAGCUCCCAGGCCCUCCCCGCUGGUUCAGGAGGAUGAGCUGCUGAGCAACAACCACCUGCCUGAACACAACAACAUCCUGGUGGAGAGUGAGGAAGAGGAGGAACUGACCCAGACAGAGGAGGAAGGGGAUGAGGGGGACCAGUUUGACGUCAUCCCGCUGUACUCGGAGAGGGCCACCGUCUCCAAUCUGGGCUCCCCGGGGACAGCCGGGGCUGCAUCCGUCACCGCCAGCCCUCCUGACGCCGUACUACUGCUCCUGCUUCUGUUGGCCUCGCUCAGCUGGGGCUAG